CACUGCUCUCUCCACUCUACCAGCCUCUAGAAGCCCAAAAAAUGCCUAAAGCAUCGUAAAGACCCUUAUUAAAAUACACACAUCCUCGUCGCUAAAACUCGUGAAAUGGCAACCAGAUUCGCAGUGAGCAGACUCUGUAUUACUCGCUCUCGCUCGAUCGAGUCAACUUGGAGAGCAACUCGCUGCUUCAGCGAUGACAGGGGCCGUAUCCUGAGCGAGGAGGAACGCGCCGCUGAGAACGUCUAUAUCCAGAAAAUGGAGAGGGAAAGGCUGGCGAAGCUCAAGCAGAAGGCUGAGAAAGAAAAGGCGGAGAAAGAGAAACAGAGUUCUGACAAGCUUUUUAGUCAACAAUUUGAUGGAAAGAUUUAAAAAGAGUCGAAAAACUUGAAUGAAAGGAAGGAGCAUGUGUUAAUCCUGGUUGGCAGUGGGUUAAUGAAGUGACAAUUUGGCUUUGUGCUUUUUCACUGGUCGUAUGACAAAAUCUGUAAAGUGUUGAGGAUAAUAUGGCAAAAAGACUUGGUUACUAAUGUCGCUCUAAGGUAUUGCAAUCUUCAUUCUAGACUGACUUGGUUACCCUUGGUCUCUUUUAGUAGUCUUAGCCUAGGAGGAUAAGCAAUCAAACAUCGAUCUCGAUAAGCUCAUAAACGACUCUUUUUUAUUUGACAACAUUAUUGAUUAUGAAAAUUCUUUUAACUUAAGGACAUAAAUCUAUACCAUUU